AUGGGAGGGGGGCACAGAAAGGGAGGAGGUAAUCCAAUGAGACAGUGAGGGGAGAGGCAGUACGAGGGCAACGCCUCACAACACCGGGAUUCUCUCUCUCGGUCUCCAUCUCUUUGACUCCCCCACCCUCUUCUUUCUUCUGCCUCUGAAGCAUAAAAACCAAAGGACUCUCAUUCUCCAUUCAGUCUUCUGUACGUGGCUGAGGAGAGCCCUUGUAUUUCAGGAAAAUCUUUCAUCCAAAUUCUUCUUUUUGUCUCUUUUUUUUCCUCCUAUGGUUGCAUCUUUCCCCUUUAAAGGAUGAUUUGGUGACUAAAAUCCUGCAUUUUCUCCUCUUACCUCUUUGGGAGCCAGCCUGUUUCAGAGCUGCUAUCUUUGUUCUCGUUCACACAGCUGCUGAGUAUAGUGUAGCUGCUAGUGGGGAAAUAGGUUAGUGUGCCUUUUUGGUGCCAGACAGCAGAGGUGACUGCUUGUUCAGUGCAUGGAGGAGAUGAAGAGGAAAGGGUUGCCUUUUUGGCGGUAGCAUUCUCCAACCUUUGCAACCAUUCGUGGAGAAGGUGAUCGUUAUCUCCCUGCCUGACUUCGACCUUUACUGGGAGUGUCGGCGACAGAUAUCAGGACAGACAAAGACAAGAUUGUCUGUUUAGUUCUCUCUUUAUUUUUUAUUGUUUUGCAUAUAAUAGGACUUUACCUUAAGGCUUGCAUCAUUCACCAUGGACAUCAACCUUCAGUCUCAUCGAUUCUACUUCCCCCAGAUCUACUGUGCUGAACCUGGUGUGCAGCCGCAGCUCGCCGAGUUCAAAGUCAGUGAGCAGAGUAUCUGCCAGGCCCGGGCCUCCGUCAUGGUCUAUGAUGACACCAGCAAGAAGUGGGUCCCCAUCAAGCCGGGCCAGCAGGGGUUUAGCCGCAUCAACAUCUACCACAACACUGCCAGUAACACCUUCAGAGUGGUGGGCGUCAAGCUGCAGGACCAGCAGGUGGUCAUCAACUAUUCAAUAGUGAAGGGUCUCAAGUACAACCAAGCCACCCCGACCUUUCACCAAUGGAGGGACGCCAGGCAGGUCUACGGCCUCAAUUUUGCCAGCAAAGAGGAAGCCACCACCUUCUCCAACGCCAUGCUCUUUGCCCUCAACGUACUCAGCGCUCAGGACGGAGGUCCAGCUCUCCAGCGUCAGGUUCAGAACGGCCCCACGUCAGAUGAGAUCGAAGCUCAAAGAGCAAGGCAAAUGAUGGAACAGCAGCAGCAGAUGCAGGCGCAGAUGGAGCGGGAACGACGGUCCUCUAACUCAGGUUCUCCUUUCCAAGGCCACCCUGCUGUGCUCUCCGUAGCCCCACCUGUAGUACCUCCACCUGUAAACAUGGGCGGCCCUCCCCCUCCUCCACCGCCACCGGGCCCCCCGCCGCCAUCAGCAGCGGCCCCUCAGCCUCCUCUACCUCCACCGCUGCCUAUAGGAGGCGGUAACCAGGGAGACGAGGCCCCUGCACCGACAGGUCUCGCUGCAAUGAUCGCUGGAGCCAAACUACGCCGUGUCCAAAGAUCUGAGGACAGCUCUUCAGGUAGCAAAAAUGAAGCCAACCGAACAAGUGGUGGUAGUGGAGGACUAAUGGAGGAGAUGAACGCCCUCCUGGCACGAAGAAGGAAAGCGGCUUCAGAGAAGCCUGACGACAGCCAAAAUGAUGAUGCAAACUCUCCUUCGCCCAAUACUCGGGGUGCGCAGAAUUCCACAGAUGGUGCGAAGAAGCCCUGGGACCGAGCUAACUCUGCAGACAGGUCAAUGGUUUCGAGGUUACGAACAGCAGGAAGUGUCAGUGACUCCGACUCGUUAGAUCUUGAUAGGAUGAAGCAGGAAAUCUUGGAUGAAGUUUUUCGUGAACUGCAUAAAGUGAAAGAUGAGAUCAUUGAUGCCCUUAGAAAUGAACUCAGUCGAGUUAGCACGACAUAAUCUUUAAGACCCGGACGGCUUUUUUUUCCAAAACCAAUGCCCCUUUAGCCGCUGCUGAGGCCCUGAAGACAAGGAGGAGGAAAAGUCAGGAACCGAGGCCCAAACUGUGACAUCUACUCAUCGUUUUUCAGCUGUGGUGUUGAAGCAACGCGGCACCCGUUACUGUAACACCUCCGACGUGUCUGUGUAACAUUUGGUUUGUUUGUUUGGACAAAAAGACCUGAACGGGCCACUUUCUCGCACUGAUUACUCUGUUUUAUUAACAAUUUUCGUCUGUUUGUCCGCCCACCUCUUCCCUCUGCCUUUGACCCCAAAGGAAAUUCACGAAAUCUAAACUUAUUUUUAUUUCUUUUUUUUCUUGGAGUUUAUUUGAAUAUGUUUUGUUAAUAUAAUUUUGUAUUAUUACUAUCAUAUAAUAACUGGCAGAAAUGAGGUGCUUUUAAACACCUGCAACAAUGGAGAAUUUUUGAUGGUAAUAUACAUGAUAGUAAUGAUAAUGUUUUAUUGAGCGUCAGUGUAAAGCAUUUUUUAUUUCAUAUGGUGUUUAUUUAGUUUUGUUUGAGAAAUGUUUACUAGCAGUUCCCAUUUUCUGCUUUCAUUCCCGGAAUUUAAACAUGUUGUUUAUCCUUUUCGCCAAUAGAAAUACAUUUGGAACCACAGCAGAAGCUGAAAAAAAGAAUAGAAAAAUAGGCUUCAACAUGAAACCUAUAAACUUCUUUUAUAAUGCAAUCUUCUAAGGUAAAAAUGAAAGAAAAAAAAAAAAGAAAAACAAAACACCAGAUUUAAACACCAGAGUAUUUGUGAUCACGUUGUUAAUAAAAAAUGUUUAUUGGCUGCAAGGAUAUGGUGCAGUGUUGUUCAUUUUCUUGUCUCCCCUUCUAACAAAGUGCUUCCUGGUUUGACAGGG